AUGCUACUGCCCGACAAGUCCCAGGCAACAUACACCAUAGCAUUCCAGUUGUUGAGGGCUGAGACAGAGCGACUUCAUCUGCAUCUCCAGCCACCGAUUCUGCAGAUAGGCUUUGAGAAAGCCGUCGCGAACGCUGCCCAUGCUGUCUUCGAUGGAGUGGAAAUCCGUGGCUGCUACUUCCACUACGCCCAGGCAUUAUGGAGGAAGAUUCAAAAUCGUGGACUUACAUCACGCUACAAGGAGGAUGCCGACUUCAGGCAACUGGCCCUUAGAGCAAAUACCCUCCCACUUGCACCCCUCGAUCAAAGCAUUGUAGGCAGACUGAUUCUCUCGGAGAUGGAAAUUAAAGAUAACAAAGGGUGCCGGAAAUUGCGAGAGGGAAGACUGUUUACAAAGCUUACAGGCAUCUCCUGA